UCAAGAUGGCGGCGUCCGGAGGGUGGCGGUUGCUGUGCAACGCUCGGCCGCGGCGGUGGCUCCACACCGAGCCCUCAGCAGCGGCGCCUCCUCCUUCUAGCACGGCUGUUGCUGCUGCCGCCGCCGCCGCUUCGCCUUCGUCCUUGUACCCGCCGGUGGUGGCUUCCCUCACUGCGAAGAGCCAGGCCGCCAAGCUCCGGCGCCGGGAGCGGUUCCACCAGGAGAUCCACGACGCGCCCUCGGUCGAGGAGAAGCUGCGGCUCUACGGGAAGCGGCAGCGCCUCAAGUACGUGGUCUACCCGCACACGUGGGCCAUCAACGCGGACCGCUGGUACCAGAACUUCACCAAGACCGUCUUCGUGCAGGGGCUGCCUCACCCGGUGGCGGCGGAGAAGGAAGGAGAAAGGGAGGGAGGCGGCGUUGGCGGCGUGGACCUGGCCGAGCUCCGCUCCGUGGUGUGUGACGUGCUCCUGCAGGAGUAUUUCUUCCUGCGCAAGCGGCAGCCUCCGCUCUUCCGCGCCAUCGACAAGGGGCCGGCGCCUUUCCUCAACCACCUGGUGCCGGCCCUGGCCACCCGCCUGGCCAGUCUCAACCCUGUGCUUGGUCUCUCUUCCUCCAUAGACUUCAAGCCAGAUGUAAAUUUCUACUGGAUGCGUGGUGAGACGAUGGUUCCUUGUGGGCAUCGGAGGGGCAGAAUUGACCCACUGAGAUUUCAGAUCGAUGAUAAGCCACACUGUCAGAUUCGUAUAACAAAACAGCUUUCAGAGUUUGUGCCUCUGGACUAUAUGGUUCCUGGAGACAUUCCUCCUCUUAAAGUUUUACCUGACAAACUUCCAUUAUUCAAAAGACAGUAUUACAACAAAAUAUUUAUAGGUUCACAGGUAGCCGAUCCAUGUGCCUAUGGACAUACUCAAUUUCAUUUGCUUCCUACUAGACUGCAGAGGGAAAGACUUAUAGCAUUGAAUCUCAUUGAUCAGAUUGAAGUUCCUCCACGUGCCAAUGCAAUUGCAAGUCUUUUUGCUUGGACUGGAGCACAGGCAAUGUACCAAGGAUUCUGGAGUGAGGCAGAUAUGACCCGGCCCUUUGUAUCGCAGGCUGUGAUUACCGACGGAAGAUACUUUGCCUUCUUUUGUUACCAGUUGAAUACCUUGGCUUUAACGGUUGAUGCUGAUAAAAAUAACCCAAGAAAGAAUAUUUGUUGGGGAACUGAAAGUAAGCCCCUGUAUGAAGCAAUAGAAGACAAUGAUGUUAAAGGUUUCAAUGAUGAAAUUCUGGUUCAGUUGAUUAAAUUUCUCUUGAACAGACCAAAGGAUUUAUAAAUUAUAAUUCAGCUAACCUGAAUGAUCUCAAAUGAGUGAAACAAGUUACAGUGCUGAAUUUUUUGGGGAGGGAAGGGGCUAGACUGUUGAAAAUGCAGUCAUUUUGAGCACUGCUCCUAUAACAAGACGCUUUAGGAAGAAAGGAAGUUGUACCAGAGGAUUCUUGAUGCUGUUAGUUGUCUUGGAUCAUAUAUUUGUAUGCAGACAGAUGUAUCUAAAUAGCUGUUAAAUGAAAUAUCAAAGCCAA